GUGAGAGAAUUAGAUCAACCCUCAAUUGUUGUUAUUAUUAAUAUGGGAAGAGGUAAGAUUGUGAUCCGUAGGAUUGAUAAUUCAACAAGCAGACAAGUGACUUUCUCAAAGAGAAGAAAUGGUUUGCUUAAGAAGGCCAAAGAGCUUUCCAUCCUUUGUGAUGCUGAAGUGGGUCUCAUUAUUUUCUCCAGCACUGGCAAGCUCUAUGACUAUUCUAGCUCCAGCAUGAAAUCUGUUAUUGAGCGUUACAACAAAAUGAAAGAGGAACAUCAUCAAUUGUUGAAUCCUGCUUCAGAAGUAAAGUUUUGGCAAAGGGAGGCUACAACACUUAGGCAACAACUACAGUAUUUGCAAGAAUGUCACAGACAAUUAAUGGGGGAAGAACUUUCUGGUUUGAGUGCCCGAGAUUUACAAAAUCUAGAAAACCAACUAGAAAUGAGUUUGAAAGGUAUUCGUAUGAAAAAGGACCAAAUAUUAACUGAUGAAAUAAAAGAACUAAACCGAAAGGGAAAUCUCAUUCAUCAAGAGAAUGUAGAACUAUGUAAGAAGGUAGACCUGCUCCACAAAGAAAAUCUGGAACUGCAAAGAAAGGUUUAUGGGGCUAGUGACAUGACAAAUGAUAUCAACAAAAUCUCCAGUCUUGGGUAUACCAAUGCUACCAACAAAUAUGAUGCACAACCAGCGGUUCAUCUACAAUUAAGUCAACCGCAAACACAAGUGCAAUCUCAGUCUAAGUCUCAAGCUCAAAACAAUAAAACUUCACCAAAAGCAAUGAUACUAGGGUUGCAACUGGACUAG